UGGCUGCACUUGUGUCGUCUGCAUUAUUUCGGGGAAGGAUCGCCGGUUUCUGAAAGCAGUCUUUACAGUCUAUCUUCAGCCUGACAAUGUCAGAAGAGAACGUCCUCAUCAUUGAGCCAUUGAAGACGAUUCCGGAAGAAAGUGGAAAAUCCACCGGUACUGUGAUAUUCCUCCAUGGCUCAGGUGAUACUGGUCUAGGAGUCUUUCAAUGGGUCAAAUCUCUGCACAAAUUUUCUUUUCCACAUGUGCGAGUACUCUUUCCCACUGCUCCCUGUAGACCGUUUACGCCCAAUGGUGGCAUGCCAUCCACUGUUUGGUUCAAUAGACUGAAACUGACACCUGAUUCUCCAGAACAUUUGGAGACAACGGAUGCCACUGCCAAAGAACUAGUGAACAUAGUUAACAGUGAAGUUAAAAGGGGUAUACCUCUCCAUAGAAUAGUGAUAGGUGGCUUUUCCAUGGGGGGAGGCAUGUCCCUUCAUCUUGGAUACCGUUAUUUGAGAGGAAUUGCCGGUGUCUUUGCCCUGUCAUCAUUCCUGUCCACAACAUCGUGUGUUUACAAAUCUCUGGAACAAGAAAAGUCCCCCAAACUUCCUCCACUAUUUAUGUGCCAUGGGUCUGCUGACGACCUUAUUCCUGAACCUUGGGGUAAAGAAACAUUUACGAAUCUUACCAAACUCGGAGUAGUGGGAGAAUAUAAUCUGUUACCUAAUGUGUUUCAUGAAUUGGACAAGAAAGAACUUGCAAAAUUAUCAUCCUGGAUUCUAGAAAGAAUUCCUGAGAAGGAUGACUAAAUGAUCUGUUUAAAAAAUUACUGCUCUAGUGAUGUGUCGAUUGUUUGUGACCUCUCUCUUCUAAGCAAGGAUAGGUGAGUGAAAUGUCUCAUAUUGUCAAGGUAUUUGGAUAACGCAUUAUCCUACAAUGUUGAGCUUAUUAGACUCAAAUAAAUGUACACAUGAUCACACUUUUAAAAUUUAUAUAUUUUUUUACCUAAAGAAAGCAAUAAACUUUCAAUGUAUAACAAUAA